AGAAGUCACUCGCCUCCUUGGUCCGUCCUCCUGACCCCGCCCCUCCGCCCCUCCGCCGCUCCGCCCGCCCGCAGGAGACCGGCGGUGUGUGCUGCUGACACAAAACCAACUUGUUACUCACUUCAUUUUUUUUUUUUUUUUUUAUAGAACCAGCCUGGUUGUAAUUUAUUUCACAUGCACCAAAAGAUAUAAAUACGUUUAUUUCCCACAGGAAGGAUCAUCCGGCUGCUUUUACCAGUGGGUUUAACCCAUGGACGGAUCUAGGAGCCAACACACCCCUGGGCAGAGAUGGAAAAAGGCCCCCCACCGGGCACCCCCACAGAAAAUUCCAAAAUUUGUUUUCUUUUUGCAUUUUUCUUUGAAUAAGGUGCUCAUUCGAGUCUAUUCGAAGACUUAUUGCUUUGCAUCUUUGUAGUUGGUUUGUGCCUCUUUGUAGUUUUUAGCCUUUUUGUUGUUUUCUGUCACUUUGUAGUUGUUUUGAGUCUUUGUUGUAGUUUUACAUCUUUAUUGUUCCAUAUUUCUUCGAAGUUUAUUGCAACGCUUUGUUGUUGUUUUGAGUCUUUGUUGUUGUUGUUUGGUGCCUCUUUGUAUUAAUUUUGCAUCUUAGUUUUUGGGUCUCAAUGUAGAAUUUUUGUAGUUGUUUUUGCUUCUCUUUGUUGUUGUUGUUUUGAUUGUCUCUUUUUUGAUUGCCUAUAUUUUUAGGCAUUUUGCAGCCCUUCAUAGUACUUUUACAAAUCUCUUUUUGCAACUCUAAUGUAACUCAUAGUUCUCACUAAGAUUAGGAUGUAAAAUUACCGCCACCGUGUGAAUCAUCCUCUAGCUCUUGUUUCUCUUCCUCUCUGUGUUGUGUUUGACAAAGCUUCAUUCUGCAGAGGUUGGGAAAUUCACCAGCCCCGUGUGAUAAAAAUACACACAUACACACACACACAAACACACACACACACACACACCUGUUUACUUUGCAGUGUUUUAUGCAGCCUACAAUGAAAAUGAAACAUCUCCAACUGGCUGCCCAAUUUGGAUGUUAAUUGGUUUGAGUAGUUGAUUGACAUUUAAAAGUAAUUAAUGAGGAUCAUAUCACGUGUUAACAAUGAUUCCAUUUCACUUUCCUCCAUAAGUCAAGAUAUUUUGUAGCGUAAACAGUACUUCACAGAUUAAAUCUUAAACUAUUAUAGAUAUCGGAUAAUAGAAAUUGUUAUUUGAUUGAUGAUGAGUUUUUAUCCUUAUAAAACGUUUCUGAGGAUAUUAAAUAUGGAAAAUAAGGAAUUAGAUAAAAUUCAAAUAAUCAUUGCAAUCACAAAGAGUAAAUUCACACAUGUUUGAGUCAGGAGUCAUGAAAUAUUUGUCCAACACAGAAAUGUGUUUCUGAUGAACAAUCCUGGAAAGUCCUCAAAUCUCAAAUAGGACAUUGUGAAAUCAAGAGGAAACAUUACGCAAAUCAGACUAUUUGUUGUUCGACACUGUUUAUAUUUUAUAUGACAGUUACUUACACAACUGCAAACUAUAUUAGCUCUUUUUUUCUUACGUCACAGAGGUUUUAUACAUAUAAUUAUAGCUAUUAUGUAUGGAAAAUGUACAGUAUUUCCUAAUUUCAUGAAAAAAAAGUGCAACUAUGUGUACUAUUUCAAUAAAAUCAAUUUAUGGAAAGGAUCCAUUUUUUAAAGUGACUAGUAGUAUUUGAGAUUUAAAUUGAGAAAUCAAUUUCAUAUAUAUAUUUAUAUAUGUACUAUAUUAUAUAUCUUAUAGCAAAUGGUAACUGUCGAUAGCCAACACUGAAUAUCUUGAAACAUUUCAAUGCUUCAACAUUGAACAAAUUCAAGAGUUUCUUGCAAAAACUAGAAAAGUCUAUAAAACAUUAUUGGACAUUUUGAAAAACUUGCCAGUUGUGCAAACUAAUGUACCAAUGUAACUCCAGUACACAACAACAAAACAACGAAAGAAUGCAAACAUGUAUAUGUACUUCCCCUCCUUAUGUAAAUCUGGAUUCUGCAAAGAAAGACAAAUGGAAAUCCCGUUGAGCGUCAUGUUUGCGGUGCAGGGUCAACGUACACCUCGUGUGACGCAAGGACUCACUUAUAAAAACAGCCAACAGAAAUCUCUGCAGAAUCAGAGACCAGUUGGUUGUGAGGCGGGAGAGACUGGAUCAUUGUUUUAUUUAAAGAAAAGAAGAUUUAUGACGAUGUGGAUGCCGUUUCUUCAGCUGGUUGCCAUCUGUAUUUUCCUUCAGGUGCCAGGAUGUUUCCCGUCAUGCCUCAUACGGGGCUCUGUGGCAAACUGCGCCUUCCGGGGCCUCGUUUCCGUUCCCGCUCUCCCUGCGCACGUCACCCACCUGUACCUGGAGAUGAACCGCAUCGGCGAGAUCAACUCCACGUCACUGUCGGGCCUCGAGCAGCUGCAGGAGCUGGACCUGGGGCGGCAGUACGUGCCACUUGUGGUCAGGAACGACGCCUUCAGCGGGCAAAGUCGCAUGAGGAAGCUGACGCUCGGCUUCAACGUCGGCCUUCGCCUGGAGCCUCAAGCCUUCGUGGGGCUGUCCGGUCUGCAGGAGCUCCACCUGGAUUACUGCUCACUCGACGACUCCGUCCUGAAGGAAAACGUUCUGCAGCCACUGUCCUCUUUGGAGACCCUCGACCUCUUCGGUAACCAGAUAAAGACACUCCAGCCUUCGAGGUUCUUUGCCAUAAGUAAUUUGACAGAUCUGAAUCUCAAGCUGAACAAAAUUGACAAGAUAUGUGAAUCGGAUCUGGCGGGCUUCCGGGGAAAGCACUUCAAGGUCCUGAACUUGGAUUCCGUCAACCUCAAAGCCAUGUCUAAGGACAGUUUCGACUGGCAGAAGUGUGGGAAUCCUUUCAGAGGGAUGUCCUUUCAGACGCUCGACCUGUCCUCCAACGGGCUCAGCGUGGCUCGAUCGAAGCAGUUUUUCAGAGCCAUAGAGGGGACAAAGAUCGCCCACCUCAAACUGUCAGGACACAUGGGUAAAGGGUUUUCCUUCAACAAUCUCCCCGAUCCGGACCGCACGACAUUCGACGGCCUGAAGAACAGUUCCGUGCUCACUUUGGAUCUGUCCAAAAACAGGAUAUUUGCACUGCAACACGGGGUUUUCAGUCCGCUGCAAGAAGUCGUACAUAUUGACAUUUCCCAAAACAGGGUGAAUCAGAUACACAGGAAUGCCUUUGAGGGUCUUCAGGGUCAUUUGAAGUUGCUCAACUUGUCACACAACCUGCUCGGGGAAAUCUACUCUCACACGUUUGCUCCUCUGGCCAACCUGCAGGUGUUGGACUUGUCUCACAAUCACAUCGGUGCGCUGGGUUAUGACUCGUUCAGCGGACUUCACCUGCUGAGAGCGUUGAAUCUAAAGGGGAACUCUCUGCGAGAAUUAGGUUUCCCUGCAUCUCUACCGAGUUUAAAUGACCUCCAGUUGAGCGACAACCGGUUGACGCCAUCGUCGGUGAGCAGCAUCACUCGGUUUGCCAGCAAUAUCGUGCAUUUGGACAUUCGGGACAACCGAUUGACCAACCUGGCGGAUGUCCACACCUUUGGGACGCAUCUGAAACGCCUCAAGCAUCUCGCCUUCGGAGGAAACACAAUCAGGGGGUGUACGCUCAGUGCGCGGGUUCCGUCAACUGGUCUGAAUCAUCUCCAGGUCCUGGACCUUCACAGCAGCUCCCUGCAGUCUCUUUGGUCUCAGGGCAAAUGUCUGAAUCUGUUUGACAGCCUUGAGCACCUCGUCGUUCUCAACUUGAGCUUUAACGCUCUGCGGACUCUUCCUCCAGGCGUCUUCAAGGGCCUCGCCUCGGCAGUGGAGAUGGACCUCUCGUCCAACGCCUUGACGUACCUGCAGCCCGAUGUCUUACCCAAAAGUCUGAAAGUGCUCGUCCUCUCCGACAACUUCGUAGCCUCGCCGGACCCGGCCGCUCUCCGCUCUCUCAGACUCCUCGACCUGGGGAUGAACAGGUUCCGCUGCGACGCCAACCUGGGGAGUUUUCUGACUUGGCUGAACGAGACCGACGUGACCUUCCUGGGUCCCGUCGAGGAACUCAGGUGUGAAUUUCCCGCCGGUUUCUAUCGUGUUCCUCUGUUGAAUUACUCUGUUCAGGUCACACAACAGUAAGAGUCAGUGAAUGUUUGGUCAGUUUUCAUCAGUAUUAAUGUGUCGCUGGUUUUUAGUGCAGCCAUAUAUUAUCAUCUGUAAGAUCUGAAUUCCUGUGAAGUGUCAGAAAUGUGAAUGAAAUGUGAAAGAAAAAUCCCCAAAAUGGGUUGAAACCAUAAUAUGUGUACUGUCUUAAUGUAAUAAAACCAUAUUUUGAAUUUAGCUUUUUUGAUUAAGUAAGGUGUCAAACAUGCUUCAGAAAGGGGCUUUAAUAGAAAAUAAAUAUGACACUGUUACUUUACUGUGUAAAGGCAUUUAUAAAUGAUAUAAUUAAGUUAUUUUUUCUUGCCUCAUUAUCACUUUAGGUCAAAUGAACUGUACGUACAUGAAAUGCGUGGUGAGGCAGAUGUAUUCUCCUCCUCUUACAGCAGAGGGCGCCCUCAGCCCAGUCAGGAAACUGACUGUUGUCCUUCAUGCUGCUCUUUAAGCAGUGAAGCUAGUUCCUCAUCAAUAAUCAACCAAACACUCCAACAACAACAAUUACGUGAAAGGAUUCAGACUAAUGAUCUGAGUGGAGAUAUUGUGGAGAUGUAACUGGAAAAAUAUUGACAAGAUGGGAGCAUUUUUUCUUUUUAUUAAAGCCAUGUUUAUGCAGAAUUUGAACAUUUCUUUACAUUUGUACCUCUCCCACCACGUCAUCCAAUGCUAAGACGAAUGAAAGAGCAACAUAAAAAUAUACCAGACUGAUUAACUUUUCUAUAAACAAAAAAAUGUAUCCGUCAGAAUGAUUUGAAAUAUACUCUAGUCACAUAAAAAUCUAGAUAUUGUUGCUCUAAACCACAUUCAUCGUGAACUAUAGGGUGAGCGGCAUCAAUGACUUCACUUGCCUUUAUCAGACUACUGUUUUCCUCAUUAUAUGCAAAUAUUUGGACUAUUUAAUCAUUCUGGGUGGAAACUCGAACCUGAAAAAUAAACUUUAAGUUGUCAUUGA